GGUAUUGAGUCAUGCAAAAUGCCCUGACAUGCAUCUGGUGUUUUUCUUCCAGUAAGCGCACGCAUGGAAUUACAUUUUUUUGUGAUUUACAUUUGCUUAGUCUUAUUUGACCAAUAAUGUAUGUGUUUAUUUAGAGAGCGUCUGUGCAAUUAUAACUUUAAAAAAGGAUGAUUCAGUAACUGUAUCGGAAUGUAUGAUUAUGCCUAAGAAACAUACUGAUUUCUUUAAGCGUGUACACUUUUUGCAUGUUAUCUUUUCCAACUGAAGGAGACACACUUUAAGACAAAACAGUUCGAUAUACAUUCUUUCUUUGUGAAAAAGGAUAGGAGCAUUUCCCGAGUAAAAUGAGUUUCCUGUCGUGCAUUGGAAAGCGAUCGAAAAGGAAGAAGUCUGUGAAAAAUGAGCCGCUAAACAAAUGCGAGUCACUCGCUAGUGUUAAUGUCAUAAAGGGCGCGGAUGGAGUCACAGAAGAAUCGUAUCCUACAAGAAAACUCAGCGAGAUUAGCAAUGCAUCGAAGACGUCGAAAAAAGACCCAAAGGCUCUUAAAACAGAAAAUGAAAAGCUCGAGAACGAACUUCAGUCGCUAAAAAUAGAACUUAAGAUGACAAUGGACACUGUUGAUCGUCAUGACAACGAGAUGAGGUCAUGCCAGGAAGAAAUUAGACGCUUGGAGACGGCAAAUCUUGAACUUAAAUCACGUGCUACGCGAGCCGAGACAGAUCAUGCGAGAGUUUCGAUUGAAAACCAGCGACUGCUUCAAAAAAUUGUCGGCAUGGAAGAGAACCAGGCGAUGAUGAGUCGCGCGGAGCUGCACUCAAUGAUCACCCAGCUAGAGGAGGCCGAAGUGAGGGCCGCCAACAAGCCGGCGGCGGAGCUGUCAGGCAUCCGGACCAACCCCAGCGACAUGAGCGGCCGUAAGCGGUCACCUGUUUCCCAAGAGGACAAACAACUGUCAUGGAGGCUGUCCCGGACGGAGGCGCGACUGAGCCAGAGCCUUGACGAGAACCGGCGCCUGCGGGAGGAUCUGAAGGAGAUGCUGGACUCUCAGGUGGAGCUUCAGCAGUCCCUGCUGGCAGACCCAGGACAGUUUACCGUCAGCACACUCCCAAGAUCUAGCAGCGCCAACGCGAGGCUUAACCGACACCCCAGUGGGUCCGACUCUGAAUGCCAAACCGAUGACGUCAGAGAAGACAUAGAUGACGUCAUACUGCGACUUGCAGCAGCCGAGCGAGAAAAUGAUUGUUUAAAAGAAAACUAUACAGUGUUACAAGAAAUAUUUGAAAAUUUACUAAAACGCAUUGACGAUAUUGAAAAUAAGCGUACUGAUAUUGUUGUACAUUCCAAGAACAAUAUCGCUACGAGCACUGAAGAUGGUAGCGAUAAUCGUGUAGACAUUGAAAUAUUAGAGAAAAGAAUCACUGAGCAAGAAGCAGAGCAGAUUAAAUGGAAAGAAAACAAUGAAACUUUGACUAAAAUAUGCCAGGCUCUUGCAGCUCGCGUUGAUACGGUUUAUAAUGAAAGAGAGAACUCGAUAGCGCAUUAUGCCCAGUUGACCAAUCAGAACAAAGUAUUAAGAACUGAACUUGACAAAAAGGUUAAAGAAAUCGAGCAGCUUUUGAACGAGAAGAAUAGCUCCAAUAAUGAAACAAGACGGUUGCAGGACGAAGCUCGCCGACUCGCACAGCAGCUUCAAAAACGUAAGGACACGGACACUAAACCCGUCGGUGACGUUGAGAAUAUUGAACGCGAGCUAAGUGACGUCAAGCGAAAGUAUGAGGAAGCUAAUAGACGACUAAAGGAGCUCGCUAACACGAAGUCGGUGCAGCCGACCAAGAGCCUCGAUCUGAACACGGUGACCCCGGUGACCCUGGCGGAGCGCUUCCGGUCUGAGCUGUACGAAAGGGAGUGGCGACAGGCGUUCGCGCUGGUUUCCGGAAAGUGGCGUAGGGACGAGAAGAAAGCUAUUCAAAUUCUUGGCGAAAUAUGCACGGAAGCCUAUCUGUACUGCAAGCGCACUGCCCGGUUGCAGAUGGAUAACGUUACGUCAUCGCUCGUGGAGCCCACUGCCAAUCACUUCCGGAGUGCGACGAGUAGUAAACGAAACGGUCAUACGAAAUCGCUGAUCGACCAAAUACCAGAAGACCUAAGACGGCGCCUUGCCCACUUCCGAUGUCGACCGACGGACGAUAUGCUUGCCAAGGGAGUUCAGGACUUCCUGAACCAAAUAGACUACGACCGAACGAGAUUUCUUCGCCAUGUAAGCGAGCAGGAGUUUCACGAGCUAAUGCCAUACAUUUCCCUAUGCUUUGAACUUUCCUGGUGCAUGGCAUCGCAGGAGCCGCCCAUGUACCUGCUCUUCAAAGUGAGACACGGCCUUGACAUAGAACCCGACAAGUUUGACACCUAUCAGUCAAACGGUAAACGCGUCGAUUAUAUCCUAUGGCCGGCGGUAUUUUUAGAAGAGGGCGGUGCAUGUCUGCAGAGAGGCGUGGCUUAUACGUUACCAGAGCGGUCAUGAACCAAUGGCGUAGGGAUUAACUUCAGAUAUAUUAUUAUUCCAAGAAACAUUUGUAUGUGUCGUGCUGUGUUAAUGUUCUUGUCCACUAUUGUAAAUCAUCGCAUGUGACUCUGCAUUCGUACAGAAUGAAAACAUAAUUAAGGUUUUGUAUCCGUAAUAAAAUCUCGCGUUAUUUUUUCAUCGCGGCUUUAUCGUCAUUUUAUGAGAGCGUAUUGUAGCGUUUACGGCCACUUCGACCAAAUCACUUCGUUUAUUCUGUGAAAUUGUCUUUUUUUUGAAAAACAUAUAAAUUGUAUUCAAUAUUAUAUGUACAUGUGUACAUUUGUGUUGAUUGUUGGUUGUUGAAAUACUUGGCAUAUUACACCAGUAAAUAAAAUAUUAAAAUGUCAAAAGUUAUCAUUAACGACCUUUGUAUUAUGUAGUGAAUACCAAAUUGUUGAUACGAUCAUAUUUAUAAAAAAGAACGUUCCUCUUGGAAAUCCAUUAUAAAAUAAAUGUAUUAAUAAAUGUUUAGUGGAACUAAAAAGGGAAUUAUAUUGGGUAUGUAAAUCCCGCAAACGAUGCAAAUGAGAAAAACGGAUACACUACCUUAAUACUUGCUCAUGCGACACAUAAGAAAGUUAUAUUGUUAUAUGUAUAAUAUAUAUUAAAAAAGAUCAACCUCUUUGUCUUGCACUGAAAUGAGUGCGUAUUCCAUUCCAAGAUGCAUUGAGUCUUUGGGAUUGAAAAUUAAGGCUAUUUCUUCAAAAGAGUUUUGAGUUACUGAGUACGCAAAAUAAAGAUAUGCUGAUGCGGUGCUUCAUUGUAAUAAGUUAUAAAUACAUGUGUUAUUUAUCAUGCUGUUGUUGUAAAUGUAUGUAAUAAAAUAUCUUAAUGCU